AAGCUAAUGCUAAAGCUAAGUGUGCUAAAGGUGUUCAAAGUUAGCUGUGCUAUUAGCGCAGUAGCAGAAGUGUUUCCAUCACUGGACUUGACUAAAGGGUUUACUGUGUUAUGAUUGUAUCCUUGGUUUGUAUUUAUUAUUGGAAUCUCCAGAAUCAUAACUUUCUGAAUAUUCAAGGAUCCUUGAAUCCUUGAAGGGAAAGAUUGUUGCAACAAAAAGGACACGCCUCCUUGCUAUUUUCUGCCUGCUGGACAUAGAAGCGCUAAUGAGUUAAUCACUAACUGCACAGGUACAAAUAUGGGACAUUAACUGGGGAAAAGCAGCUUAUGUCUAAAGAAAGUUUGACCAACCUUUGAAAACCCAACUGCACUGUUGAUGUUUGGCCCUGAUGUGAUGAGACAUCGUCUGCUGCUCAGCGUCGUCAGAGGGAAGCUGUAUCUGUUUGGAGGAUCCUCCAGUCCUGAAGCCUCUGAAUGCCUCCCAGGCGUCUACAGCUUCGACGUCGUGUCUUUGGCCUGGGAAUGCCUGUCAGCCGGCGGCGUGGCUCCCAGGGUUCUCCGGUCCGGCUCUGCUGCCGCUGGAGACAACAUCUACAUGUACGGAGGGCGGCUGGAGGGCGAGCCAACCGACGACCUCCUGGUCUUCAACACAGUGUCUGUCACCUGGACUCCGGUUAAAACCAGCGGAUCGCUUCCUCCUGCCCUAUGGGGGCAGAGUUUCACUCAGGCUGGAGAUCAGCUCUUCAUGUUUGGUGGUUACGGAGCAGGAGGAACGUUUUGUAAGGACCUUUACGCUCUGAACACAGAGAAGCUGCAGUGGCAGAAAUGGGAGGUGAAGGGAGAAUCUCCUCCAGUCUGUAGUGGACAGACACUGACUGCACACCAUGACAAGGACAUCUAUCUGUUUGGAGGACAAAUCUGCAGUAAGGAAUCCACAGCGACGUCGUCCAAUGAAAUCCAUAAACUCAGUAUUGCCAAGAUGAAGUGGAAGGUUCCUCUGUAUGUUGGGAUUCCUCCGGCCCGUCGGCACGGCCACGCUGCCUUCAUCCUGCACAGUCACCUGUAUGUGUUUGGAGGGAAAAAUGAAGAGCAGGAUUUGAAUGACUUGAAGGUGAUGAAGCUGAUCAAUCCGUCUGAGAGACAACCAGUGAUGAAGGAGAUCCUGUCAGAGUUUGGUCUGCAGGGCGUCAGCCACAGCUUCACUCCCACUAAGGUUCCCAACGUUCGCUAUGAGCUGAGCGACGCGGCUCCGUCCACCCAGCCCAGAACAGCAGCAGCAGCUAAUAUACAGGUUUGUGUCCACAGAGACUUCAGCGCCGUUCGAGAUCAGGCCAUGAAAAUGAUCCAGGCAGCCUUCACUCUGUUGGACCAGGAGUUUCAGAAACUAGAUCGGGAGAAGUUAGAAGUUUCUAAAGCCGCUGCAGCUCUACACCGAGACAGAAAGGAGCAUGAAGCUCACAGAGAACGACACCAACAGGAGCUGAAGGAAAUGUUGGAGAAACAUCGCAACCAGAACGAGGCGUUGCUACGGGCGAGAGCCGAGGAGAACGACCGAGAGAGGAGGGAGCUCAGCAGGCUGCGGGAGGAGGUUCUGCAGGACCAGGAGAGGCUGAAGGAGGAGCAGAGCAGCGUCCAGAAACGCAGCGAACAUCUGCUGUCCAUCAUGCAGCAGUUCAAAGGAAUGUAGAAAACACUCAGCAAAAACCAUGAAAAUGGGAAAUUAUUUGAAAUAGAAAGUUUGUUUGAUUCUGACAAUAAAAACUUUGAAAAGUUUGUCAAAACAAA